UCCUAGGUGAUAAUUCAAAACAAACAUUAGCGAAGGCAUGUGUCGAGUGAAAGGAAAACAGUUUUGUCUUUUUAAAUAACGACAACAAAAUGUAUUAAAGAAUGAGAUUUAAAACUUAUUUGCAGAAAGAACCGAAACAUCAUGAUAUAGUCAGUAGUGUUGCAUGGUCAACAACAGAAGAAGUUUAUUCCUGUAGCGAUGACCAUCAACUGUUAGUGUGGAAUUUAGUAACAAAUGAAACGACAAAAUUAGCAACGUUACCCAAUGAUUUGUAUCCGAUUGAAAUUCAACUCUUUCCCCGUGCCGCCGGUGGUGGUGGAGGGAGGAAACAGAGUUCGUCGGAUAUAUUUGUUGUUACGGCUACUGACGGAAAGUUUUAUUUAAUCUCAAAAUCAGGAAGGAUUGAAAAAUCAGUUGAAGCUCAUCGAGGAGCAGUUUUAGAUGGCAGAUGGAGUCACGACGGAACUGCACUUGUAACUGCCGGCGAAGACGGACAGGUGAAAAUAUGGUCUCGUACCGGUAUGCUGAGAUCGACGUUGGCCACAAAUAAUAUUUCUGUUUAUUCAGUUGCUUGGGGUCCUAAUUCAGAUCAAGUAUUGUAUACUUUUGGACAUCAUAUGGUGAUCAAGCCUUUACAGCCUAAGGCUAAACCAUUACAAUGGAAUGCUCAUGAGGGAUUGAUAUUAAAAGUAUCUUGGAAUCCAAAUAACAAUUUGAUUGUAUCUGGUGCAGAAGACUGCAGAUAUAAGAUAUGGGAUUGUUAUGGAAGAAUACUUUACACGAGUCAAGCUAAUGAUUAUCCCAUUACGUCUGUGGCUUGGGCACCUGAUGGAGAAUUGUUUGCCGUAGGUUCUUUUAAUACAUUACGUCUCUGUGAUAAAAUUGGGUGGUCAUAUUCUUUAGAUAAACCUCACACUCAGAGUAUAUUUAGUUUGGCUUGGUCUAGUGAUGGCACUCAAGUAGCAGGGGCCUGCGGUAACGGUCAUGUGAUAUUUGCGCAUGUAAUAGAAAGGCGAUUGGAAUGGAAGAGUUUCGAAGCUACUGUAAAAGGAAGAAAAACCAUUGUGGUUAGAAAUGUAAAUAAUGAUGUAAGUGAAAAUCUUGAUUUUCGAGAUAAUAUCAUAAAAGUGUCACUGGAAUAUGGACAUCUAGUAGUUAUAACAUCUACACAAUGCUAUGUUUACAGUACAAAGAAUUGGAAUACACCACAAAUAUUUGAUUUAAAAGAAUGCAAUGUAACAUUAGUUGUUCAAGCUGAAAGACAUUUCUUGUUGAUUGAUGGAGGAGGUGUUUAUUUACAUAUGUACGAUGGCCGCCUUUUAUGUUUACCUAAAUGGCCAGGAAUGCGACCAAAUGUUUUAAAUAAAUUCACUGUGAGUUUGAGUAAUGAUACGAUAGCUGUGAGGGAUAAGUCGGAUGAGAAAUUGAUCUAUUUAUUUGAUACACAAAAUGGAAAAAUUAUUGGUGACGGUAAACCAUUAAUGCAUAAGAUGGAAGUGAUGAUUGUUGCUUUAGAUCAAAGUGGACCACCAAUGGAAAGAAAAUUAGCUGUAGUAGAUAAAAAUCACGAUUUAUAUUUGAUUGCCGUAAGAUCGUCUUCAGGAAGAAGUUCAAAACAGAUUAAACUAGGUACAAUGAUUAAUUCUAUUAUGUGGAAUGAUGGCGCCAAUAUUUUAGUAGCACUACAGGAUGGAAAACUGGCAACUUGGUAUUAUCCUGCAGCCGGAUUUGUCGAUCGAACUUUAAUGCAGUACACUUUAGUAGAAAAAGAUACAGGUGAUUUUGGAAAAAAUCCCCAGAUUAUCAGUUUUCAUGGCACACAUGUGAAUAUAAGAAGAGCAGAUGGUUCUCUAGUUUCUGCGACGGUUUCGCCAUAUCCGGCGAUACUUCACGGAUACGUUUCUUUGCACCAUUGGGACGACGCCGUCCGUCUCUGUAGAUUUGUUAAGUUGUUGUUACAGGAUGAUGCUCUGUGGGCUUGCUUAGCUGCAAUGGCCACUGCUGCCAGGGAUCUCAAUACUGCCGAAGUUGCUUAUGCUGCUAUUGACGAAGCUGACAAAGUUCAAUACAUUCAGUACGUAAAGAAUUUGCCGAUGAAAGAAAUGCAGAAUGCUGAGAUGGCUUUACUCUGUGGAAACAUCAAGGAAGCCGAAACCAUAUUGCUUCAGGCAGGAUUAAUACUCAGAGCUAUUAUUGUUAAUGUAGAAACAUACAAUUGGGAGAAAGCACUAGAUCUGGCAUUAAAGCACAAGUCUCAUCUGGAUGUAGUCAUUGGAUUCAGAAAUAAGCAUUUAGAAAGAUUUGAAAGAAAGGAGACAAAUAAGCGAUUUCUUCAAUAUUCAAAAGAUGUCGAAAUUGAUUGGAAUAAAAUUAAUGCUAAGAUUGAAGACGAAUUAAACAGAAGUAGAUAAUCUCGCAUUGAAUAAGUUAAUUAUUGACACUGUGAUAAAAUUAUUUUACAUAGAUAUAGUAAAAAUAAUAUACUUGUUUACAAUUCUGUAUUGUUUGUUUUGCAAUAGAAAAUGAAAAUAAAUUGCAGAUAUUUUCAA